CAUCAGACAUGGCGCUGUCCUGUGCGGCAUUCAUGCCGGUUCGCGCACUGGUCAUUUUAAGGAGAAAAACUCUUGAAAUUAAUAAAGACAUCUGGUCAAACUGGACUUCUGCAUGCCAUUACAGGACUAAACCUGGUGUCAUACCUAAACACAGAUAUUCUCCGCCAGAAACCGUUCACAAAGGUCCUCCUGAUCUUCUCCAAGAGUUUCCUCAGCCGAAGAACCUGCUGUACGCCACACUGUCCAGAUCUCUGGGUCUGUCCGACCUGUCCCAGUACAUCCAGUACAGCUGCACCGAUGGAGAAGUCAAGAGAGCGACAGUCACACUGCACUGGCCCGUGAGGAUCGAGACCGAGGGAUUCGGGUCGCGUAAAGUGGAGGCGGAACGACAAGCGGCAGCUGCGGCUCUCUGUAAACUCAGAGAGCUGGGAGUCUUCAGCUCAGGAAAGAAACCAUCUGUAACAGGAAUGACAGGACAGAAAGGGAGGCAGACGUCUGUCUGGGAGGAUGAUGAAGAUGUGGUUGUUCGUGAUCGUCUUAAAUAUCUGCCAUUCCAGAAGAAAACACGGAAGGAAAGAGACCAAGGGCCAAUAGAAGAGGAUCCAGCAGUGACUGAGGCGCUCUCCAUAUUUCCAAAGCCAAAAGCACUUCUUGGCAGUGUCAUUCAGGUGGCCACGUCGUCCAACAGAGUCAGAGAGCUGCUUCAGUACAGAACUACUGGUGGGAAGGUUAAGACGUGUGAGUUGACCGUACGCUGGCCGGAGGAGAUGACAUUUACCGCUCAUGGCCGUCGCAGAAUGGAAGCAGAGACAAACGCAGCAGCACUGGCUUGUCUCAGGUUUAAGGAGCUGAAGCUUCUGGAUGAGCAGAACAAUCCUCUGACUCACGCCAGGUACCAUCAGCAGGAGGUGCGUGAAGCCGGAGAGAGACACAGACGACCGUGCUAUAUCGAAAUACCCACAGAUCUAGAGCAGAGGAUUCAGGAGUACCUCACACAGUAUCCAGCGGAGGCUGAGGUUCAGAAACUGUGGGAUGAAGAGGAGCAGCUGUCAGUUCAGCAGGAGUCGUCUGUCAGCACUGAUGAUGAUGAUGAUGAUGAAGACUUCAUUACAGAUGCUAUCACCGGCAAACCGUACCGCGCUUUACGCCCUGAGGAGGAAGAGAGUCUCAGCGAUCACCUGCUCAGCCUGUGGAUGAGGGCGGGGCCUGGCCGAGGGGUGGAGCUUCCCGUGGACUCAUAUAAAGGGAGCGUUCUCGACGCGGUGAGGUCCUCACAGGUGGUCGUGAUCGCCGGAGAGACGGGCUGCGGGAAAACCACACGGAUCCCACGGUUCCUGCUGGAGGGGCAAGUCAGGAGAGGAGAGGGGGCCAAUUGCAACAUCCUGGUCACGCAGCCUCGCCGGAUCAGCGCCGUGUCUGUGGCGCACCGUGUAGCGCAGGAGAUGGGACCGGCCCUCCGACACUGUGUGGGAUACCAGGUGCGUCUGGAGUCCCGUCCACCGGAGCGCAGCGGUGGCGCUCUGCUCUUCCUGACGGUCGGUGUCCUCCUGCGCAAACUCCAGUCCAACCCCGGUCUGCAGGGCAUCAGCCACGUGGUGGUGGACGAGGUCCAUGAGAGAGACGUCAACACCGACCUGCUGCUGGCCCUGCUGCUCUCCACCAUGAAGGACAAUCCAGACCUGCGUGUGGUGCUCAUGAGCGCCACGGGCGACACGCAGCGGCUCUCUCAGUAUUUCGGCGGAUGUCCGGUGGUGCGUGUGCCUGGAUUCAUGCAUCCGGUGCAGGCCAGGUUCCUGGAGGAGGUGAUAACGGAGAUGGGUCGACCGUUACCGCCGAUGAGCCGGGAGAAGAGAAACGGAGAGGAAGAAAAAGAUGUCGCCCCUGAUCUUGAUUUAGUGGCUGAUGUGAUAAACCACAUUCACUGCAAUGGAGAGUCAGGUGCUGUGUUGUGUUUCCUCCCAGGAUGGCAGGAUAUUAAAGCUGUACAACAGAAACUGGAAGAAAAAGCAGCUUUCAGAUCCGGCUCACAGUUGAUUUUACCAUUGCACUCCAGUAUGGCCGUAUCAGACCAGCAGACGGUGUUCCAGCGUCCUCCAGACGGACAGAGGAAGAUCGUUUUGACCACCAACAUUGCCGAGACCUCCGUCACCAUAGACGACAUAGUGCACGUGGUGGACGCCGGCUGUCAGAAAGAGCAGAACUACGAUCCCAGAACCAAGGUCUCUGGUCUGAACACGGUCUGGAUUUCACAAGCCAAUGUCACGCAGCGAAGAGGAAGAGCAGGUCGCUGUCAGCCUGGCCACUCGUACCAUCUCUUCCCUCGAAAACAGCUGGGCAGCAUGGCUGUGUUUCCCAUCCCAGAGAUCCUGCGCACCCCUCUGGAGAGCGUCGUCAUACAGGCCAAGAUUCACUGUCCGGACAGCAAAGCUGUGGACUUCCUGUCACAAGUGCUUGAUUCUCCAGACAGUCAAGCAGUGAAAGUUGCUGUGAAAAACCUAAUUGAUAUUGGUGUGCUGGACGCCGCUGAGAAUCUGACGGUGCUGGGCGAGCGCGUGGCCUGCAUGUCGUGUGACCCGCGCCUGGGGAAGGUUUUGGUUCUCUCGGCUCUGUUUUCUUGCGUUCUUCCCGUUUUGUCUGUGGCGGCCUGUUUAACGCGAGACCCCUUCUAUAACAGCAUGCAGAACCGGGCCCUCGUCGCCAAGGUCAAGUCGGCUCUGAGCGGCUCCAGCUGCAGUGAUCAUCUGGUCUUCAGUCGAGUUGUUCAGAGCUGGAAAGAGCAGCAAAGCAGGGAGAGUAAGCAGGAGUUUCUGGACAAAUACACUCUGUCUGGAGCCAGUCUGCGCUUCAUACAUGGCCUGAUGCAGCAGUUCGGUGAGAAUCUGUGUGAAGCUGGUCUGGUGGAUCAUUCUGCUGAAUGUCUGCGUGUGUCGUCUCGUCUGAAUCAGCACAGUCAGCAGGAGCAGCUGGUUAAAGCGGUGCUGAUCGCCGGCCUCUAUCCUCACCUCAUACAGGUGAAAAGAGGCACAGUAACCAAAAGUGGAAGAUUUCGGCCAGAAAACCUUUCGUACCGUACAGAAAGUGGCCCUGUGCUUCUGCACCGCUCCUCUGUCAACAGGGGAAAUCAGGAUCUGUCGAGUCGCUGGCUCACCUUCUUCUCUGCGGUGAAAUCAAACGGUCAAGUCUUCAUUAGAGACUCUUCGGUGGUUCAUCCGCUGGCGCUGUUGCUCCUCACCGACUGUGACGUCAGCGAGAGAGAUGUUGGAGAUCGUGUUGAAGUGGUGUUGCCGGGUCACACGCUCAUCCGAUGGGAGUUUUCUCCACAUGUCUGGGAGUUACUGUGGGAUCUGCGCACUUCCCUACAGGCCAUGAUCCACCGCAAUCUGCGCCGCUCACAAUGUCAGUCCACCGCAGACGACCGCAAGGACAGCAAGCUUAUCGCUUUAUUAGUGGAGCUGCUGAACAACACCGAUUCAGAUUCCAUCAGCGAUCAGGAUGAGUUCAGCAGCAUUAGCACAGAAAACACUCAGGCAGACAGUCUGUGAUGUCCACAUAUGUGUGUUUGUGAGACUGAGAAAUGUUCUGACGUUCCAGCCGAACACUUCUUUAGUGUGCAUCAAACUGUCUUCUGCAAGAAGUCAAUCAUACAUGUCAGUGCAUGAUGAAUUAAGCUACUUAAUUUAUUUAAAAGAAUGGUGGCAUUUUUUUCAUUUGUAGACUAUGUAAAAACCUAGAACAAAGAUAUUUUCAUAAUGUUUGGGGGACAUAAAUAUUAUCAAGCUGUAAGGAUGUGUACAUAAAAAUGUAUCUAACUUAAUAUCAGCGUUGUGUAUGAGAAUUAUGAAAACUGCUAUAAUACUAAACUAUUUUGUGUGCCUGUGAGGGAGGGACAAGUAAAAUGUAACAAUGUGCCUAAUUUAUUGUUCAAUUAAAGAUGUCCAAAUCAC